AUGGACAAGGAACAGGACUUUUUCGUCAACUCCAAUGCUCGAAUCAAGGCGAGAAAGCACAAGAGCCUGUGCUACAGCGCGAGCCAAGCCGAAGAGGGGACACAGAAGCUGGCGGCCAAGAAGGAGCUGCCGUGGGAGCGCGAGUGGUUCCAGCGGCGACAGCGGCGGCUGGCCAAGCGAGAGGAGGAGCGACUCGUGCAGCUGCUCCAGAAGAAGCAUAGCGGCCAACUACUGCGGUACCAACAAGAGCGCCAACGCAAACAGCAGCAGCAGCAGCAACAUGAACGAAGAGACGAGCAAGAAGGGGAGGAAGAGGGAGAAGAAGGGGACCACGGGCUCGAGCAACAACAACGACAAUCGAGACAGCAAGAGGGACUUGUAUACGAGAUGGAGACGGACGGCGGUGGUGGUGGUGAAGAGGAUGAGGAGGAGGAGCACCGAAGGCAGCAGCAGAGGCUCCACGACGCGGCGUGGGCGCUGACGAACAGCGGAUGGGGCGAAGAGGGCAGCUGGUCGAGCCAGGAGGCGCCGUACACUCCGCCCCUGCGGCGCACAAUCUCUUCGCCGCUGGUCAAGUCCAAGACGAUCGGAAACUACACCCAGCAGGGCAACGACCACCUGCAUGCUGGAGAAAAUCAAGACAGGCACCUCUUCUACUGGGACGAAGAGCGCUCCCUGUUGUGGCUGGGCGUGUUCGACGGUCACUCUGGCAGCGCGGCCGCGGACUUCCUCUGCCGCAGGCUGCUACCCAACAUCGACACCCUGCUGCCGCCGAGUCGCAAGUCCUACUCGCGAGAUAACCUGAUGGCCGCCAUACGCACCGGUAUCAUCGAGACCGAGAACCAGUUCCGCCAGGAGGACCAACCCGACGGUGCCUGUCUGCUGCUGGCGUGUCUCUCGGGCGAGUGGCUGGUCGUGGCCAAUGUGGGCGACUCGCGCGCCGUGCUGGGGUCCUACAGCCUCGGGUCCACCCACCAACUCACAUCAAGAACGCUCACGAACGACCACAAUGCGACGAACGAGGUGGAGGCCAAGCUUGCUCGGUUUCGGUUUCUCAAGAACAACGGACUGCUGUCCAGCAGCGCAAGCCCCAGCGAUUACUCGGAGGAGGAGCUGAUCGAACAGGUCAAGGACAUCAUGGAGGGGUCGGACAUCAUCGAGAACGGUCGAUUACUCACCGUGCAACUGACCCGUUCCAUUGGCGAUUUCGGCAUCAAGCGAUGCUGCUUCGACGUGGUGUCCAAUGAGCCCGAGUUCACCAUCCUCCAGCUGUGCGAGGAGGACCGGCUCCUCAUUCUCGCCUCGGACGGAGUGUGGGCCACGGUGACGGCGGAUCGAGCAGUCGAUAUGGUGAUGGAGAAGGUCAUCAACCUCUCGUCCUACAUCGACCGUAUUGGACCCGCCGAGUAUCUGGUGCAGGAAGCCGUGUCGAAAGGCUCGGGCGACGACCAGACGGCGCUGGUGUUGGAUUUGAACAAAUACCGCAAGGGCCUUCUGAAGCCCCACCACGCCACCUUCAGCGGUGUAUCGCCCCUGGAGCGGACCAUCAAAAAAGGUCUCUUCCUGUCGGAUCGACAGUGUCGCUUGAACUCGAACAUGUACGGCUCGGCCACGCGCUCAUUCGGCGCCAAGAUGGCCCUGCUCCAUGCCAAGGGCUCGUUCAUCGGUUCCAGCGAACCCAACAAGUUCGACGUCGACGCCCGGAAGGCCCAGUCGCUCGCCAGUUCUGCGCACAAGCCGGGCAACGUGGUGCCGCCAGCACCCCUGCGUACGUCGGUCCUGGGGCUGUUUGACAGCGCGGCGAUCGAGGAGAGCAAGGCACGCGAGGCCGACCGGAAGAAGAAGGGCGUGCUCUACGGCCGCACCUACUUCUGA